UCCCGGAGCUUUCGCGAUCCACCCCGCGCCAUGGGGGACGAGUCUGUGAACGCUACCCUGCUGGCGCAGCUGAACGCGGCCUUGGGACGCUUGGGGCAACGGCCGCCUCCGGCGGCCCAGCGCUUGGCCCUGGAGGUCGCCAAUGAGCGCUUCGUGCUGUCGCGGGAUGGUUCCGCGCUGGUGCGCCAGCCUGAAGGCCAGGAGAGCGACUGCACCGUGGUCUUCCGCUCGGCCUCGGACUGCUGGGCCUUGGCGCACGGCCGCCUCUCUCCAUCCCAGGCCUAUGCGCAAAAUCGCCUGGCGCUGCGAGGCAGCAUCUCGGCGCUGAUGGCGCUGCGGCCCUUCGUGGCAGAGGUGCGCGCGAAGCUGCCGGUAGCUGAGCUGUUUCCAGGAGCCGUCACGUGGCUGCCGGACUCCGCCGCCAGUUCCUGCAUGGCCUGCGACGCCACCUUCACGCUGAUCCGGCGCAGGCACCACUGCCGCAGCUGCGGUCGCCUCUUUUGCGAGCGUUGCUGCCCCUACCGCUCAGGCUGCGAAGCCCGGCAGUGUGAGGGUUGCCGCGGGAAGGCGGCGCCCAAGGAGGACUGGUCGGAGCAGCUGCGCGUGCUGCAGGCGCGGCUGGAGGAGGUGGAGGCGCUGGCGGCGCAGAAGGAGGCGGAGGAGCUGCUGGCGGCCGCGCAGGCCCGGCUGCUGGUUUGUGGGGCCUUGGCGGCGAUGGUGCUGGCGCUCAGCGCGUGGCAGAAAGCUGCCGGAGCUUUUCUGCUGCUGGGAGUUGUAGCCAGGGGCCUCUUCUUUCGGCAGCUCCGCGCACUUUGGCUCUGCGUCCUGAUCCUCUGGCACUACCAGCGGAGCAGCGCGGAGGCCCAGGAGCUCUGUGAGGCGGACGCCCAGAAGCUGCUCAGCGCCCGCUACCGGCGCCUUGGGAUCGGAACCAUCGGAUCGGCCAGACCCCUGGCGAG